AUGUGGAGGACCCCUGUGGAGUGCUUAACCAUCACAGAUGUGCGCUACCUGGAGCGGCACAAAGGGGAGGUGAACUGCUGCGCGUUUUCUCCGGACUGUCAUAUCCUGCUCACCUGUUCGGAUGACAGUAGACUGCACCUGUGGAGUGCACAGUCUGGGCAGCUCCUGGCCAAGGCUAAGGGACACACAGGUCCUGUAAAAUGCUGCACGUUCUCACCUGACUGCGCGCUCUUCGCGAGCGCGUCCCAUGACCGUUCAGUGCGGCUGUGGAGAAGUGCUACCAUGCGAUGCCUGCGUGUUCUCUCCGGUCACAGACGUUGUGUUGAGACUGUUAGCUUCAGUCCCGAUGGCAUGUGGCUGGUGUCUGGAGGCUGGGACAAACAAGCGAUACUUUGGGAUGUGCAAAGUGGAGAGAUUGUGAAGGUUUUCUCCGGACACAAAGGAGCCAUUCAGUGCAGUGCAUUUUCUUUGGAUUCACAGUUUGUGGCCACAGGCUCAUGGGAUUUCACAGUGAAGGUGUGGGCCUUGCAGAGGGUGGAAGAGCAGGAAAGGACCCUGCAAGGGCACCGGGGCAACGUCAGCUGUGUGUGCUACUCUGGCUCUGACAUGUUGGUCUCGGGGUCCUGGGACAAGACAGUGCGAGUCUGGCUGCCUUGGGCUAGGACCCUACUCUUCAUUUUAGAGGGACACCACGGUUGGGUGAGGUGUCUGACGUUCUCUCGGGAUGGAACUGUCCUUGCUACCAUGGCUGAAGGAGAUGUGAUCAGAAUGUGGGACAUGUCCAGUGGGGAGUGCACCAAAUGCCUGAAGGGCCACAGAGACUCUGUCUUUGGAUGCACAUUUACUCCAAGUGGAGCGCUGCUGGCUGCUGGCAGUGCAGGCUCCAUGCAGAAGGCCAAAGAUGGCCAACAGGAAGAGGAAGCACAGAAGGCACAUGGUUAUUAG